CCGAGAAGAAAAUGAUCUCAAACCUUGACUUGUCACCUUGUUUGUAUCUAUUGUGGCAGAUGGACGAUAUGAUCUUCAGUCAAACAGCAUCUAAGUUGUUGGUCAGUGUGGUUCCAAGUUCUCUUCUAACUCCCGUUGGAUUGCUCCUAUUUCAUCCACCGUACUCGUCCAUACGUCCCUGCAUACAUCUUUAUCGCUUUUGUCCACUGUUCAAAGACGGACCAAGGCUAUCAUGGGAAACUGCCUGUCAAAGGCGCGAACGCGUUCCAGUAAGGGCCAAUUUGAGUAUCUCCGCCAGCCUCUGCGUGCAGAAUCGUUGCAAGAUGCGCUUCAGACGCUGCGCAAUUAUGACACCACUAUCAUCAUGGAUGAUUCUUCAUCUAUGACUGGUUCGCUGUGGAAUGAGGCGGAACAGGCUCUCGCCACGCUCGUCGGUGUAGCGAGCCAAUAUGACGCCAGUGCCGCUGGCAUAGACAUACAAUUCUUGAACUGCAGCGCAACCAUGAUGGGAGUUACGGACUCCAGAGUUGUCCACGAGCAGUUCGCCAAAUUCCAGCCCUGUGGCCCAACCACUGUUGGGAAUCGCCUCAGUAUGAUCCUCGGCGAUUAUUUCCGUGACCUGUAUGCUGCUAAGGGACGGGAGGAUGGAUGCAAGAACAUCAAGCCCUUGAAUGUGCUCAUCAUUACUGAUGGCGCGUCAUCGGACGAUGUAGAGAGUGUGAUCGUCUAUUUUGCCAGGCGGCUUGAGGCCGACAAGUGGCCACCCGGACAGGUCGGGAUACAGUUCGUUCAGAUAGGGAAUUCGAGGCAUGCAGCACAGUUCCUUAGAAAGCUGGAUGAUUUGAAGCAGGCACAUGUACGGGACAUCGUCGACACAACGCCCUAUAUCGGCCCACUGAGUGCUGACAUGCUGAUCAAGGUCCUCGUCGGUGGUAUAAAUCGCCGCGUGGACACGAAGGGUGGUGAUUCGGUUAUGUUUUAAGUUGCGAGACACUGGAUACAACACUUGUAUCAUAUCUGGAGCUAAGGAUUUGUCGUCAGCUCAGUACCCAACGAAUCUUCCUGUAGCAAAUAUACCUAUGCAUGUACGUAGCCUUAGUACUUUACCAGUACUGAAUCAUGAGUCUCAGUCUCCCAAUGCGAAUGCGAGAGCCCCAAAAUCAGGUGCAGCCUUAGAUAUCCCUCUCGCCUAGGUCUCGCUCC